GACAGGGAAAGAGGGCCAGCCCAGGGAAUACUACACUUUGGAUUCUAUUUUGUUCCUGCUCAAUAAUGUGCACCUUUCCCAUCCUGUGUAUGUCCGUCGUGCUGCAACUGAAAACAUUCCUGUGGUAAGAAGACCUGAUAGGAAAGACUUGCUUGCAUACCUAAAUGGGGAAACAUCAACUUCAUCAAGCAUAGACAGAAGUGCUCCACUUGAAAUUGGCCUUCAACGAUCCACUCAAGUUAAAAGAGCAGCAGAUGAAAUAUUAGCAGAAGCAAAGAAACCAAGAAUAGAGGAUGAAGAGUGUGUGCGCCUGGACAAGGAGCGCUUGGCAGCUCGGCUGGAAGGACACAAAGAGGGCAUCGUGCAAACAGAGCAGAUCAGGUCCUUGUCUGAAGCUAUGUCAGUGGAAAAAAUUGCUGCUAUCAAAGCCAAAAUCAUGGCGAAGAAAAGAUCCACUAUCAAAACUGAUCUGGAUGAUGACAUAACUGCUCUCAAACAGAGAAGUUUUGUUGAUGCUGAAGUGGAUGUAACUAGAGAUAUUGUCAGCAGGGAGAGAGUAUGGAGGACAAGAACCACAAUCUUACAAAGCACAGGCAAGAACUUUGCCAAGAAUAUUUUUGCAAUUCUUCAAUCAGUUAAAGCCAGAGAAGAAGGCAGAGCACCUGAGCAAAGACCUGCACCAAACACAGCACCAACGGAUCCCACUUUACGAAAUAAGCAACCUAUUCCAGCUGCCUACAACAGAUAUGAUCAGGAAAGAUUUAAAGGCAAAGAGGAAACGGAAGGCUUCAAGAUUGACACCAUGGGCACCUACCACGGCAUGACUCUCAAGUCUGUGACGGAAGGUGCAUCUGCCAGAAAAACACAAACUCCAGCAGCACAGCCUGUGCCACGACCAGUUUCUCAAGCAAGACCCCCUCCAAACCAGAAAAAAGGAUCUCGAACUCCCAUAAUCAUUAUUCCAGCAGCCACGACCUCUUUAAUAACAAUGCUUAAUGCAAAGGACCUUCUGCAAGAUCUGAAGUUUGUACCAUCAGAUGAGAAGAAGAAGCAGGGCUGUCAGCGUGAGAAUGAGACUCUAAUACAGAGGAGGAAGGACCAGAUGCAGCCGGGGGGAACCACAGUCAGCGUCACCGUCCCUUACCGGGUCGUAGACCAGCCUCUGAAACUCAUGCCACAGGACUGGGACCGCGUGGUGGCCGUGUUUGUCCAGGGCCCUGCCUGGCAGUUCAAGGGCUGGCCUUGGCUCCUGCCGGACGGAUCUCCUGUUGAUAUCUUUGCAAAAAUUAAAGCUUUUCAUCUCAAGUACGAUGAAGUGCGCCUGGAUCCCAACGUGCAGAAAUGGGACGUGACAGUGUUAGAGCUCAGCUACCACAAAAGACACUUGGACAGGCCAGUGUUCCUACGCUUCUGGGAAACCUUGGACAGGUAUAUGGUAAAGCACAAAUCUCACUUGAGAUUCUAAGUCCUUCAGCUGCCAUUUAUUUCCUGAAGUAUGGAUUGGAAAAAAUGGAGGGGGCUCCAGUUUGGAGACCAGAGCUCGCACUAUAUAUGUCAAGAACUUUACAAAUGAGGAAGGGUCACAGUUUAAACUUUUUAUAAAAUCUUAUUUGGAUGAUUCAUGCUAUGGCAGGUUGAUACCUGUUAAUCAGAAGCAAAGGGGUUUUGCUUAAAACUAUUUUUUUAAUGUUGUUAGCCUUCUAGUCUGCAAUCCAAAUUGUAUAUUUUGAUAGCAGCAGUUUCUUCUCUGUUUUGUUAAAUUAGCCACAUUUUUAAAGACUGUGUUUUGUUCCCCAGUAGAGGAUAGCUGGAUGUCCACGGCGGGUUCCCCGUGUGCGUGUGCACGGGCGGGUGUAAAUACAAGUGUGCCUGUGUCUAUAGAUAUAGUGUACAAAAAAGUUAUAGACACAAUGAUGCACACCUAGGUGUUUCCAGGCUUUCUAAACCACUUAGCUUCUGAGCUUAGUUUGGGAUUUCUUUGCUUACUGUUUCACUUACUGAAAAUAUUUUGUUGUGAAUGAUAUUACAUUUUAGUCAAUAGGACUUGCGAACUGAGCAAAGUGAAAGUUGUUUUCAAUAAAUCAAAAUGUCAAGCUGUAUAUGUAUAUUCUGUCAGUCUUUGUUGAAAAAGGGAAGAUCAAAAAUCUAUUAACUCUUUUUUUGGAUUUGUAAUGUCCCAGUUUACUAAAUCUUGAAAAUUUAUUAUAGGCAUACUGUUGAGUCAUGGUAACUCUAAAUUGCCAUUCUCCACACACAUCUCUUUCUUUAAACUGAAAGUAUGCAUGUGUACAUUCCCAUCUAGCAAAUAUCUUUGCAUAGGAAUCUAAAUGUUACCUAGAUUAAAUGAUGAAUAGAGGAGGAGAGAGUUGGAUUCUUUUUUCCUGGAACAGCCACCACAAGGAAUGAAUAAUUUUAACUUCUUUGUAUUUAUACCUCUAAUACGAUUUUCUCAUGACAAAAGUAGCCCAGACUGUCAACAGGAGUUGUAAUUUUCUGAGCUAGGUGGCUAAUAUGGCCUCCCAAGAGUCCUGCAUUGGAAUGGAAAAUCAGCCUUCUCAAAUUACCAAAGAACAGAUUUGCUUCAUCUCCAGUGUGAGGCCAGAGGAUCCUGGUAUUUGUACCAAUUUACAGCAUCUCUGUAUCUAUGGAAUAACGUUAAGUUGAUGUUGCAUACCAGUGAAUGUAGAGAAUGAUCAAAUACUGUAACACCUGCAUGAUUUUUUUUCUGGGAUAGAAAAUACAUGUUUAUAUUCCUGUUCUUGAAAUUCCAAACCAUGUUUUUUUAAUAUACUUUACAUUUAAGGUUUGACAAAAAUAAAAUGUUCUACCUAU